AUGCAAUGUUUAAAUACUUUUCAAUCAGUUUCUCGUUCACUUACAAAUAGUCGAGAACAAAUUCGAAAUGUUAAAAAUUCCCUUUCUCUUUGUAAAUCAUUUUUGCAAUGUCGACGGGAUGAUUUAAAUAAAUUUUGGCUUGAAAAUGCUCAUCAAAAGUCUGUUUGUGGGAUUUUACGGCAAAUGAAACAAAUAAGGGAUAUUGACAAAACAAACGAAACUUUACUGGCAAAUAGACAAUAUGGAGAACUGGCUAAAGUUUUGAAGGAUGCUGAUAUUCUUCUAAAAGGACCUUUGUCUAAUCUUGAGGGAAUUAGUCAAUUAAAAUUUAUUGUUUCAGACAAUUUACAGGUUAAUAUUUUAUUGAGAUUGGCUAAUAACUUGUUAGCAUUUAUUCUUUUGUUACAAAAAUUAUUCGAACAUGUUGUAAAAGAACUUGUACAAGGAAGUUUUGUUGAACCUUUCGAAAUUCAGAUGCUUUCGUUGGCUAAAGAUGACAAAUUAAAAGAAUCUAAAAUUGGUUUAUCUUUAAUUGAACGUUAUACAAAAAAGAAAAUUUCUCAAUUAGAGGAUGAAGAAUUUUUGAAAAAACGUUAUUUUGAACUUUUUGAAGUACUUUCUGUUUUUGGUCAAAUAGAUUCUGCUUUAAAUUCUUUAUUUACCCAAAUCCCUAAUUUAUUACUUCGACUGGCUAAUGAAACAGCGAAAAUGAUAAUUCAAUCAAAUAGUGAGGGGAAUAUUGGAUGUCCAAAAGACAGUGAAAAUUUAGUUCAAUUUGUUAGAAUUUUAAUUGCCCAAUUAAGUGGGUGUUCCCGACAAUUUGCUAUUCUUUCUGGAGAACUUCAACAAGUUGAUUAUACUCCAAAAAUACCAAUUUUACGGCGUUUUUGGGCAAUUUCUUUAGAAGGAAUGGAAGAAAUUUUGAGUGAACAUUUAAAUGUUUGGCGUAAUAAAAAGCGCUCAGAUGAUGAACAAGAAAGUGGUGGACAAAAAAAGUUAUUUAGUUUUGAGAAUGCUUCUUUUGUUUCUUAUGUUAGUGCAUCUUCUAGAAAAAAGGUAAAUUUAUUAAAGAAUCGAAGUUUUGUUUUACUUUGGGAUAUAGGUAAAUAUUUUUUGUGUACAGCCCAAGACAACGCGCGGCCAUAA